AUGCUAAAGAAGGAUUCAGAUAGUACGAGCCACAUUUCCCUCAUGGCUUGCAUCUUCUGGCAGAUUUGGAAAUCCAGGAAUGAGGCCCUCUUCGAAGGCAAGGCACCAAAUCCGAUGCAGACCAUCCUCAAGGCUACCACCCUCCACCAGGAACACAUGAUGCCAACCAAUGAACAAAACAAUUGGCAGAAUAGAGCUGGAACUUGUGAAAAAGGCAACGCCCCAUGGAAACCACCUCCGGCUAACCAUCUCAAAUUGAAUGUUGAUGCAGCCUGGUCUAAAGAGAAUCCCAUCAAUACCAUAGCUGGUUUAUUAAGGGAUAGAGGAGGAGUGGUGGUGAGUGGUUUUGCCAAAAGUGUCCAUGCUCCUUCUCUGCUUACUGCUGAGGCACUAGCUGUUAGAGAAGCCUUAUUGCUGGCAAGCAACCUGGAGCUAAAACACAUAAUCAUUGAAUCAGACAAUCUACAACUAAUUAAGGCUUGCAGAGAAAGUGGAAGCAUUGGACAGAUCUGGAACAUCUUACGUGAUAUCCACUCCUUGAGGAGAGGUUUUGAGGAGUGUACCUUUUCUUGGAGACCGCGAGAUGGUAAUCAAGCAGCCCAUGAAUUAGCUGCAGCCACAGCCACGUACUCCCUGCCUCCAAACUGGUUUUGCCAUAGAACACCAAGUCUCAACCGGGCUCUCAAUAGAGAUAUUCAAGGACUCAAAACUCAACACCAAUAUAACACAGAUCCAAGUGGAGCUCACAUUACCCGAAGUGAUAUCGUGAGCCUUGGGGCUCAGCCACCAUGA